AUGAUAGAAUCCAAGAGCAAGCAAGAUUCGGGUGAGGUGUCGAGCGGCGAGAUCAUCCACAACCAAGAGCAUUUGCAACGCCAUCUCACCCCUCGUCAAGUCCAAUUCGUUGCGAUUGGAGGUGCGAUUGGGACAGCUCUGUUCGUGAGCAUUGGCUAUGGCCUCAUGCGUGGAGCGGCAAGUUUGCUAAUAGCCUUUGUCCUCCAUGCUUGCGUCAUAGCCCAGGUGAGCAACGCGCUUGCGGAGAUGACUGUUUUCAUGCCCAUCAGUGCAGCCUUCAUCCAUCACGCAGGCAACUGGGUGGACAGUGCCUGGGGCUUCAUGAUUGGGUGGAACUUCUUCAUCUUCGAGGCUCUGCUCAUUCCCUUCGAAAUCACGGCAUUAGAUAUGGUCUUGACGUUCUGGAGAGACGACAUCCCGUCCGCGGCAGUCAUCACAGUUUGUAUUGUGCUCUAUGCAGCAUGCAACGUACUUGUCGUUAAGUACUUUGGGGAAACAGAAUUCUGGUUAGCAGGAGGCAAGCUCCUGCUAAUUUGCAUCCUGUUCUUCUUCACCUUCAUCACAAUGGUCGGAGGAAACCCGCAACACGAUGCGUAUGGCUUCCGUAACUGGUCCAAACCGGCUCCUUUCGUCGAGUACAUUGACAAGGGUCAUAUGGGCCGUUUCCAUGGUUUCCUCGCCGCGCUAUGGCAGGCCGCCUUCAACAUCGUUGGCCCAGAAUACUUGGCAACAGUCGCUGGCGAAGCGCAACAGCCGCGCAAAACCAUGAAGGCUGCGUUUAAGUCCGUCUACUGGCGCUUCGGCAUCUUCUUCAUCGGAGGUGCCCUUUGCGUUGGUAUCGUUCUCCCCGCAAAUGAUCCUUCUCUGCUGUCAGUCUUGAGCUCUGGUGAGACUGGAACAGGUGCAGCGUCGCCUUUCGUCAUUGCGAUGAAGAACAUGAACGUCGGAGUUCUCCCGCAUAUCGUCAAUGCCUUGCUGUUGACAAGUAUUUACUCUGCUGGGAACGCUUAUGUGUACUGCUCGUCUCGCAGUCUCUAUGGACUAGCGCUUAACGGCCAUGCGCCCAAGAUUUUCACCAAGGUCACCAAGCAAGGCGUUCCUGUCUAUUGCCUGGUCGUCUCCAUGGCAUUUGCCUGCCUGUCUUAUCUCAAGCUGGGAAGUGGAUCAGUCACUGUCUUGACAUGGCUCACCAACCUGAUUACCGGCGGAACCUUGGUGACGUACAUCGUGAUUUGCGUCAACUAUCUCUUUUUCUACCGAGCCCUCCGCGCGCAGAAUUUCAACAGAGAAGACCUUCCUUACCGUGGCUACCUGCAACCGUACGGAACUUGGAUCGCUUUGGUUUGGCUCAUCGCUGUGGAAGCUUUCUAUGGAUACGCUAUUUUCCUGCCUGGUAGAUGGGAUGUUGGAUCGUUCUUUAGUAGUUACACUAUGGCUAUCCUAGCUAUCUGCCUUUUCUGUGGCUUUAAGGUCAUCAGGCGUACAAAGUUUGUCAGGCCGGAGCACGCCGACUUGGUCUGGAUCCGUCCGGCGGUCGACGAGCACGAAGCGGCCAUGGCUGACAAAGAGGAGGUGGGAUUACGCAGACGCAUGGCACAGCUUCUGAAGGUAGAUUUAGAACACGGUCGCUCCUCGAGUGGCUCAGUGUAG